ACAUUGUUGCGUAUGACUACAAUCUUUGCGCCAUUUUUCAUUGGUCUCCUUUGUCUCUAUAUUACAUUAUCCACGAGGUCAUCAUCAUUAUUCAUUAUCAUUAUUUGCGAUUGGGCUGGUCACAUGGCACAUUGUUGUGUAUAUAUAAUAUGACUACGAUCUUUGCGCCAAUAUUUAAAUCUCAUUUGUCUCUAUAUCACAUCAGUCACGAGAUGCUCUCACAACACUCAGGACUAUUCUUCAGAACAUUGUUAGGUCAGGUCGGCAUUAAUUUCCAAUUUUCACCACACUCCAUAGGUUUAUAAAGUUAAAACCAUGGUGAUCGUAUAUCCCAUUCUCUUGGUGAUGAUAUCGGCGAUUAUUUCAGUUUAUGCUAUAACACCACAAACACGAAUUUCGUCACCAUCGAGCAAUGCGAAGACUUGCCCAAUCUCAACCAAUCCACAGCUUAUGAAGAAAUACAAUGCAUCCAUCUUGUCCCCGACAAUCAGACCUUGUUUCAAUUGAAAUGCUCGGUGUACGGGGCGAUGCCGAAUGUUUCUCUCUCUUGGACGACCAAUGGAAGCAACGUCGGGACGAACUACGACCUAAAGUCUACGAUCGAGGAACGAGAAGACGGAACGUUUGAUCAGAUGCUGAUGAUGACAGGGUCUGUGAAUGAGACUAAGAAUGGUACUGUCUUUACCUGUGUUGCUGAAGGGUUGUCUGUUGGCGGACUUGCAAACAGUUCCGUUAUAUUCUUCAAGACUGAACAUCAAUCUGAACUCCCAAGUCAUGAGCCUACAGGCUCUACAAAUCUACUUGCACUAAAAAUUGCUUUACCGAUAGGACUUAUAGCUGUAGCCGUUAUAGUGGGAUUUUUCGUCUGGAGAAAUCUGAGGCAUGAAAGAAAGGAUCGAGGAACCCGUUUGAAGAACUCCGCGGAUGAAGGGGAAUGAAAGCAAUAGACAGGAUAAAUUCUCAAUUUCUUCACAAGCACAGAAGUUUUGAGAAAAUGUUGAAUGUGUGCAUAUUCGACUCCUUGUGCUAAUUUACACUGUAUCGCUUAAUCAUGUUUAUUAUAAUGCAUUUAUAAGCUCCUAACUAAAUCAAAAUGUUUAUACAAUAAAGCAAUUUUAACAAAAUGAGCUUGAAUAUUAACAAUUAUGUACACAAUAUGGAGAUAAUUUUAUAAUCUUGAAAAAUAAACAGCUUGCACCUGUCAACAAUUUUUUGUGUGAAAUUGAUCUUUGACGCCAUAAUGUAAAUACAGCUGCUAAUUUCAACCCUGUCAACUUUGCUUAUUGUUGUUAAGUGAUUUUUUUAAAGGGGGAGGUGGCAAAUGAGGGUAAAGGGGAGGAAAUGGAAGAUGAUAAAAAAUACCCAUGCCUCACCCUAAAAUAAUUAUAGAUUUUUUUCAUGUGAAGAGCCACAAAGAAGUUACCGGGGCCAAUUAAGAUGGAAGAGCUAUCUAGGGUGCGAUUGCAGUGCUUAACUGAUAGAUUUGUUAGAUUUUAUGCUUGUCACUUGCCAUUGACACCGAUUUUUCCCUGUGGCGGCAACAUAAUGUAAACAAAUGUAGGUGGACAGGUGGAGGGGAGCAAAAGGAUUUUCUCUGCCAUGCUUUCUUUUAGAAUUUCUUGGGAAAACAAAUAUUUAUAUUUUUUAGGGAGACGGGCCAAUGCCCUCCAUGGCCGUACGCAGAGGAGGGGGGGGGCUAAUUCCACAACAUUCCUAGGAAUAGUGCAUGACAUCCUUCUAUAUCACUUUGAAAAGCUCGGUCACUUCAUUGCUUUCGAGUUUCUUCGGAAAUCUUAAAUGUGUCUUGCCCCAAAUUUUGCGAACCUCAGGGCCUUUUUUUAUCACGGGAUGCUUGAAAAGUUUUUACUAUAAAAUGAAGGACGUUUUGGUCCAGGAAAAAUUGGGAAAGCAAAAAAAAGAAAAAAGUUUUCACUAAAAUAUUAAAGGAGAAUGAAACUCUUGAAGCAAGUUAGCUUUUGUGAAAGCAGAAAAAUCAAAGAAUAAGAUCAACAAAAGUUUGAGUGAAAUAGGACUAGCAAUAGAAGAGUUAUGAGCAUUUGAAUGUCGAGAUCACUAAUGCUAUGGAGAUCCUCCCAUUGGCAAUGCGACCAAGAUCUAUGAUAUCACAGAUGAACAACUCUCCCCUUUUGGACACUGAAAAUAUACCCCAAAACAUCUCUUUUUGCUCAUUCUAAUCAUAUGACAAACGAUUCAUCAAUGAUAUAAUGUUGUGAAACCUCUGUACUUGUCCUCUCAUAAAGAGAACACCUCACCUCGUAAUAGACUCUAUAAAAGUGAGAAUAUAGGUGAAAUAAGUACUAAAGUAAUGAGGGAGUUGUACGUGUGUGACAUCACAGAUCUUGGUCGCAUUGCCAAUGGGAGGAACUACAUGACAUUAGUGAUCUCAAUAUUCAAAUGCUCAUAACUUUCUUAUUAUUCAUUCAAUCUUCCUCAAACUUUCAACAAUAUGUUUCUUUGAUUUUUCUCUUUGAUAUGGAUUCAGCUGGUUUCAAGGGUUUCAUUCUCCUUUAAGGUGUUUUUCUUAUAUUUCUGCUAUCAAGCAUGCCUGCCGGAUUUCUAGGGGUGCUGAAUAUGUCGAAUAACACACGUAGACCCUCUGGCAACCCCCCCCCCCCCCCAUUUUCCCAGGGCCAUGAUCUCCCUUGUGCCGCCACUGCGAUUUCCUAAGAUACUCCACUGAUACACGUGUUAAUAUACUGAUAAUGCAGAAUAUUUGCAAUCCAUUUAUAUUUGUAUUUGUUUUAAUAAAAGAAUUUAUCUCUUAGUC